UCGAGUAAAAUGGUUUCACCUGACUUGACCUAUUUAUUUUGUACACAAAACCACGUGGUCCAAAGUUGCUGAUUUCUCCCGUUUCAAACAACAGAUAAUCACUUGCAAUGGAUGUGACUAUGCAACUUGUAGCCAAGUAUUGUGGGAAUGAGCUGAUGAAGUACUCGGAGUGUGUCGAAAAACAUCCCCACUCCUGGCCAAGCACUUGUGACAUGCUCCGAUUAGCCGUAGCAAAAUGUUCAGAUCAGAAUCAUACUAUUAAGCGAGUGAAGGUGGAAUGCGUGAAGGAGUUUGACAAGUAUAACAGCUGUAUCCGAGGGAAUCCGACAUCUGUUGAGAGGUGUAUCCCCUUGCUGGAUCAUUUCUCUAGCUGUGCUGAGAGAGUACUUGGCAACGAAGAGAAACAAAAAACUGAUAAAACAUGAAAGGAAAAAGUGUCGUAUCGAAUGGAUCAAAGCAAGGGAUGGAACAAAUCGAAAGCCUUGAGCAAAAUGAAGUCUGAAUGAAAUCCAGUAUCUCAGGCCUCGAUUUGAAAGGACGUGGGCAGUAAAAUCCAUGUGUGAAUGAUGUCAGUAAAAUCACCAGGAAUGGAGUUUAGUCAUACAUGUUGUCAGCGUUUCUGUCCCUUUGUACAAAACUUGCUGAAGUAAUCAAGGACAGCAAGAAAGUGACGAUUGAUUGCGACUUUUAUCCCUUUUGAUGACAAGGAUGAUCUCCCUGCUAAUUAGGGACAGUCAUGACAUCAAAUGGAUAAAGCUUGUCACCAUGACAACCCCGGUUAUUAGGUGACAACUUGGCUUGUAAGAUGUGCGCACUUCAAAGGGGCUUAUCUUACCUCUAAAAGCUGGUCUGGGCCAGAGUGCAAGAUAAUAAUGUCACCGGAUGUCAUGUCAUUUGUAGGACGGGUUUACCAAUAGCACUGUAAGUUUUGUUAACAAGUUUGUGCUGAUAAAUGAAGUGGAGACCUCUGGUAGAACCUCAAGUGAUCAAUGGACACACAGGUCUGUUUGUCUGCUGUUCAGUGGCUGCUUGACAAGACGGCAUUGUCACCAAGCCAUGAAUGAAGUGGAGACCUCUGGUAGAACCAACAGACAUAGUGGACCAUAACAAGUCAAGACAUUUGAAGGGUUUGUAAGUUGGUAUUGAUCCAUCUCCUAAAACCAUUAUACU